UUUAAGGAAGCAGGGGGUUCCAGAUUGUGACGUCUUGCGUUUAGUGCGCAUGGUGAGUGUCUCAAGACCGGGAACAGGCUGUGCACGUUUACUUGUAGGCAAACUUCAAACUACUAGCUGCAUAUCACAGUCCUUAAGUGUUGCUGUCAUGCCUGCCAGAAAGUCCGCCACCAAGAGGAAGUCUGAGCCUAUUGUGGAGGAUGAUAAAGACCUCAAGAAAGUGAAAGUUUCCCACAGGAGUCAUGGCAAGGAGGCGGGUCAGGUUCUUGUUCUGGGCCAGGGUGAUGUUGGACAGUUGGGUCUAGGCGAGAACAUCAUUGAGAGGAAGAAGCCAGCCCUUGUGUCCCUGCCAGAGAAAAUUUUGCAAGUGAUGGCUGGGGGAAUGCACACUGUGUGCCUCAGCGACACUGGCCAUGUGUACACUUUUGGCUGUAACGAUGAAGGUGCCCUUGGUCGGGACACAACAGAGGAGGGCUCUGAGAUGGUUCCAGGAAAGGUGACACUGGAGGAGAAGGUGGUCCAGGUGUCGGCAGGGGACAGCCACACAGCUGCACUCACAGAGGAUGGAACUGUGUACAUGUGGGGCUCCUUCAGGGAUAACAGUGGUGUAAUAGGUCUUUUGGAGCCCAUGAAAACAUGCAUCGUUCCAAUCAAAGUCCCCAUGACAGAACCUGUCGUGAAAAUUGCAUCAGGUAACGACCACCUUGUACUGGUUACGCUGGAUGGCAAUCUUUACACAUCAGGCACUGCAGAGCAGGGGCAGCUGGGAAGAGUGCCUGAGCAUUUUUCAAACCGAGGAGGCAGGAAAGGCCUCAGCCGGUUGCUGGAGCCACAGAUGGUAAAACUCAAAGGGAAAGUUCACUUCAUAGAUGCCUUUUGUGGGGCGUACCUCACCUUUGCUCUGUCAAAAGAGGGGCAUGUUUAUGGUUUUGGUCUCUCCAACUAUCACCAGCUGGGUACUAAACACACCAAGAUGUGUUUUGUCCCAGUCAAACUGACAUGCUUCAAAAACUCUACCACCUCCUGGGUGGACUUCUCUGGAGGACAACAUCACACACUCUGCCUUGAUAGUGAAGGACAGGUAUAUAGCCUGGGCAGAGCAGAGUAUGGUCGUCUUGGUCUGGGCCAGGGGGCAGAAGAGAUGAGUGACCCCACGCCGGUGAAGGGGAUGGAGCCGGCCAGUGGGUUGACAUGCGGGGCGUCUGUCAGCUACGCGGUCACCAGAGAAGGAUCUGUGUAUGCCUGGGGCAUGGGCACCAGCCUGCAGCUUGGCACAGGAGAGGAGGAUGACGAGUGGAGCCCUGUAAAGAUGACAGGCAAGCAGCUGGAGAACCGUGCAGUACUCAUGGCCUCCAGUGGAGGGCAGCACACAGUCCUUUUGGUCAAAGACAAGCAGGAGAGCUGAUGUCCAUCUCAGACAUCGUUUGUUCUGUUUCGAGGUGGGGCCUUUUACACGAUGCCUAAAUCUGGGGAGGGUGUUGAUCUAUGUGUGACUUCCUGUGCUGAGCCAUGGGAGUGUGAGAGGUCCUGGCCUCCUCACACUCCUUUUUAUGAGAACUCGUCUCCUAGUGUGGGGGAAAAUGUUCAAGGAUGUGCAGUAGAUCAUGACAAAUGAGACUUUUUUUUUUUUUUUUUUUAAAUCUAGUUUUUGAUGUUCCCUUUUGAAUUCUUUUCAUUAAAAGUAAUUUGUAUGACUGUAAGAUGGUAUAUGUGAUGUUUGUGAAUGUGACUGCAUGUACGUAAUGGAAAUGAGAGUGCAAGCCUUUUAAUGACUUCUCCAAACAAUAGUCUUUUUAAUGUUAGGUUUUCUUAGCAAUAAUUCCACUGACCUUGGUUCAGACAGGACAUUUAUACUCAGUGAGUUGAAUAUGUGAGACUACUGUUCAAUUUACCUUGGGCACCCAAUUGUGACUGGUUGGACAUUUGGUAACAUAGUAUACUGUAUCCUGCAUUUUGUUGCUUUUUCGGUAUAAAAAUAAAGAUACAAUUUUAAGUUUUUAA